CCUAGAAGAAAGAAGUUUCAUUAAUUGCGCCAAGUCAAAAACAAGGCUGCGGACGGUUCAAGUCUUCGCUUUACUGCGACGCCCAAUGAAAUGGCUACGAACGCAGUUUACCAAUUUCUCAAAGUCCAGAACAGGCCUUACAGUGCGAACGACAUCACAUCAAAUUUGCAGGAAUUCAGUAAAGCCAAUGUCCAUAAGGCGUUAGACAAUCUGGUCGAGAGUAAGAAAAUAUUCGAAAAGAUUUAUGGGAAGCAAAAAGUUUACUGCAUCGUUCAGGAUGGAACGCAGGAGCCAGAAGAAUUUAUGCGAAUUCAAAGGGAACUAGACCUUUACUUGCCGCAAAUUACUUCGAAGAAACUGGAACUCGAACGAGAGCUUCGUUCAAAAGAAGCCGAACUUGCAGCGCUGAAGUCAAGCUUGUCUCUUACUGAAGCGAAAAAUGAAAAUACUAGACUUUUGAAUUCAAUUAAGAAAAUGGAAGAUGAAUUGGAAACCACAAUUAGCAAAAAUGGAUCCGAAAAUUUUGGCGAAGUGAAAACAUGCUUGCUUAAAAAAAUUGAAAAUUAUACACGCGAGUAUUCAAAGAGAAAACGACUCUGUGCUGAAAUAAUUGAAUCUAUUCUUGAAGGAUUUCCUGGGACAAAAAAAGGCCUGUACGAAGAAAUCGGCAUUGAAACUGUAGAUUUGGGAUGAUUCGUACUUAAAAAAUUAAUACUGCUAUCUUAUUACGAUUUUUAUUAUCUCUUAUUUCGCUUUUUCACGACGAACUUGGAGUAUAUUUAUUUUUAGCAAAAAAUACUGAAAAUGUGUUUUUUUUUUUGUCGUUUAAUUCAAUAUCCUCGACUUUUUUCCCACAAAUAUUUCUGAAUACUUUACAGUAGAGUGUGGAAGUUUCGAAAAAUAGUUUCAACAGUUUUUGAGUAAAAAACUAGACUAAACGCAACAUUGCAGAACAGUCGGUGACUCGAUAUUUAUAUUAAUUUUUUUUAUUUUAAGCUACGAUAACCAUCGCACAGUAAAUUUUUCCUUGAGAUUUUCACUGACAAUGGAUUAUCAUGUAACAUUUUUGGUAAUUUUUUUAAUAUCAUAUUCUCACCUGUCCUUUUUAUUUUUUAUUUUUGUUUUUACUUUGAAACUGUAAAGAUUACCGUUCCACAAAGAUUCUUCUAAUAUCUGCAAAUUUCCGAAAAUGAGACAAGACAAGACAAAAACUGUAGAAAAAAAUCUAUGGCGUUGAAUUCGUCGUAAAAAAUUUUCUCGUCUUUUAUUAGCUAAAAUCAUCCUACUUUCCUUUAUUCAAUGAAUAGAAAAUUAUAAUAUGUAUUUUGUAAUUCAAAACUCUUUUCAAGCAGUUUAAUUUAGAAUCAGAAUAUAAUAAAAUAAGAUAUUUUUUAACGUGAUAUGACAACCUGAAAGAGUAUCACGUAUGUUCAUAUGUUUGAUAAAUAAGUCGCUGUAAGUUUUUAAGAAAAACAAAAGAAAUAUAAAUUCUAAAUUCGUGAUUAAUUAGUAACUUACUCUUGAAAUAAUAAUACCCGCGAUGCUGAUGCGAAUUUUUGGACCCUUCAAUAAUUUGUAUCUCAAGUCAACUCCAUUCCAGAAUGAGACGAAGUACCUUUUAAUCUGUACAUUAUCUCCGCCGUGUAGCCUAAGAAAAUAUUAACGCUCGAGUAUUAAUUACAGAUAUUAUAUGAGAGGAAAAAUGGUGACGAAAACUUUUCACAUUAAAUAUCUUCAUUUUGUGAAUUGCAUAUUUUUGUAUGAAAUGAACCAUUAAUUCUGAUAGUACAUUAAAUGUGAAUUUGAUCAAAA